AUGGAUUAUGCAGAAGAGAAUGGGUUCUGUGUUACUUUUGAUGAUUUCUGUGAUGUUAAUGAUAAUAACAACAACAAUGGAGGCAGCAUCAGAAGAAGCAUGAUCAGGAAGAGAAAAUAUGGUGACAGUAUUAAUAAUGAAGAUGAAGAAGAAGAAAAUGGAGAUGUCAAAAUAUACAAAUCCAAGAACCUCAGGACUGAGAGGAAGAGGAGAGAGAAGCUCAGUAGUAGGCUCUUGAUGCUGCGAUCUUUAAUGACCAGAGCCUGCAUAAUUGAUGAUGCCAUCACUUACAUCAAUAAAAUGCAAACCCAGGUGGAGAGUCUCACUCAGGAACUUCAAGAAAUAGAGGCGAAGGCAAAUUCUCAGCUGCCAAAAGCCUUAGAUCAGCCGAAGACAAAGAAAAGAGAUGAACCAGAGGAGGAAGAAGAAGAGGAGGAGGAGAUGAAGAAAUGUGGGAUUCAGGAACAAGUGAAAGUGGCUGAAAUUGAAGUGAAUAAGCUGUGGAUGAAGAUCAUCAUCGAGAAGAAAAGAGGAAGAAUCAUGAAACUGAUUGAAGCCAUGAAUUCCUUUGGCAUUGGUCUCUUAGACACCAAUGUCACCACCACAAAAGGAGCAUUCCUCAUCACAACCUCCAUUCAGGGGAAGAAUGGUGAAAGGCUUGCAGCACAAGAAACCCAGGAGUUGAUGCUUGAUAUUGUUAGAGCUAUAUAG